AAAAUUCCAACGUUCCUACAUCUAUGGACAUCGUAACGUGUAGAGAGGUCUUGGCAGUGAACGUGUAGACAGGUCUUAGCAGUGCACGUGUAGACAGGUCUUUGCAGUGAACGUGAAACGCAGCUUUUUUCUGGCUUUCGAUCUCGGCGGCAAUUUCUUUUUAAUAAUUUGUUUAUUUCAAGUUUUGUGCAGCACUUGGGGGUGUCGCCACAAGAUCAAUAAGUUACCGAUUGUUUACAUGCAGCCUAAGCUUUGUUAAAUAAAUAUUUGUGAAAAAUUUGUCAUCAAGAAAAGACAAGAGUGUGCGUGUGUAACUUGAGCCUUCAAGCGGAACAAUUGAAUCGAGACAUUGAAGAUUUGCACUUCCAAGGAAUUUUGCAUUCAUCAAUUUCACCAGCAGAGGAGGUUGGGGUUCGUAGUGAUUGCUUUAAGCUGGUCAGGAUCAUGAUGCCUCGUCAGAUGGUCCAAUGGCGCAUCUACGUGUACGCCAAUUCCUUGUACUCCCUGCCGGGACGCCAGGUACGCGGUUUUCGUGAAUGGUCGCCACAGACUUACAGUCAUAGUCCCUAUGAAGUCCAUCGCGUCAUGAACUGGGUGAACCGCGAUGUCUCUGUCCUGCUGCGCGGCAAGAGCGAAGUCUUCGCUGUCUUCGAGCUCAUCAUGGACAUGCUGCCGCUGAUGAGCAUGCGCAGUGACCAGUUUAAGGAGGCGCUGACCAAGCAUCUGGGGCCCAAAACGACUCAUUUUGUCCACGAGCUGAUCAACUUUGCCCGUUCCCCAUACGAGAGCAUGAUCGCCUACGAGUGCAAUGUCCAGUACCUUGCCCAGCAGGAGGAAGACUAUGAUGGGCCAAGCACCUCGUCGGUGGGCCAGGGUCUGGGUCAGUUCUUGUCGCCGGGCUUCCACAACUUUGUGGAAUUCUCGCGACGCAUUAAUCCGGAUGAUUGCGGCGGCUUCGAGGCGGAUCUUCAGCUGGAGGAUGAGGAUGCGGAGGAGUUGGAUGAUCUUAUACUCGACCGCAGCGAUUCUUCAACUGCGUUGGACAUAGAGGAGAUUGUCGUGCCCAGCCGCAGCUUGGCACGUCAGCUGGCGGCCUCGUUGUCAACGGUUGUCCCAACGGCCUCGCUGCCAACCGUAGUGGCAGCUUCGUCAUCGGGAGUUGCGUCCACGGCUUCAGGGGGAGAGUCUCAGCAGCAGCAGCAGCAGUCGCAGUCGCAACCACAGCAGCAGUCAACUUCAGGAGAGCCACCGUUGUCUGGGGGGACAACCAUUAGCCACACAACAUCCCCCAGUGCCUUUGCCAACUACGAGCUGCAGAUGGCCAUUCAGCGCAGCAUGAUGGAUGAGGGUUUCAGCGGUGACUGGGCAAUGCCUCCGCCAAGCGUUGGACGCACGGUUCUCAUGUCCAAUCGCCAACUGGUGCAUAAUGCUGCAAAUUUGUAUCGCAUAGUGUAUGGAUCAGCUCCAGGAGCAACUGGGCUUGGAGCAGCAGGUGGAGCAGCAGGAGUCUUGGGAACGGGUGCCGGAACAGGACCGGCAAGAGGAAUGGGAAGAGGAGCAGCAAUGGGAGCAGCAAUAGGAGCCGCUGGAGCAGUUGCAGCAGCAACAGGAGCAGCUGUAGGAGAAGGAGCGGCCGCUGCAGGAACAGGAUCUGCAGUAGGAUCUGCAUCAGCCGCAGCAGUAGGAGCAGCAACUGGUUCCGCUGCACGAACUAUGGCUAUGCGUGGUCGUACUCGUUCUCGUUCGCGCCAACGCGCACGCCGCUAGGAUCUCAGGAUCAGCCUUAUUACCCCACAAAAUGCAACAUUUUUAAAACACAUUUACUAUACAAAAGAAAAACAAAAUGGAAAUCCCUUCUUCGUUAAGGAAACUCCCAAGAAAAAACAGAAAAUAAACUUAAAAACCCUGCAGAAAAAAAAGGGUUCAAAAAGGCAUCAAAAAUUGAUAACGAUAAAGGGAUCGGCCAUCAAUAUAAGAAGGACAUUGCCGUGGGAAAUUGCGUGCCAAAUAUGUAUAUGUAUUAUAUGCCCUUAGCGCAUAUUUUCCCUUGUCUUAAUUUCGCAGCAGAAAAGGUAGCCGUUAACAACACCGCUCCCCCACAGCCCCACUUUUCCCAAUGCCACAUCCCUUGUCACAUGGCGCAUGAAAAAUUGAAUUACACGCACUUUUGCGCAUAAACGGGAAUAAAAAUAAAGAACAA